CAAUUAUUCUUUUUUGAAGCAAAAAUAGGAAGUUGGAUACGUAUUGAGUAAAUAAACUGUGUUAAUAAAAUGGCUGCGUACAGUAACAACGCGGCUAAACGUAAAGCUUCGGAUGAAAUUCAAAAUCCACCUUUAAAAAAGAUAUUAAAAGAUCCUAAAAAUAAGAGUAGAAAUUGUCCAUAUCUUGAUACAAUAAACAGAAAUGUAUUAGACUUUGACUUUGAGAAGUUAUGUUCUGUUUCCAUCUCCCGAAUCAAUGUUUAUGCCUGUUUAGUAUGUGGGAAAUAUUUCCAAGGUCGUGGGACGAACACCCACGCUUAUAUGCACAGUGUUCAGGCUGGUCAUCAUGUGUUCCUCAAUUUGCAAACUCUGCGCUUCUAUUGUAUUCCUGACAAUUAUGAAAUCAUUGACUCUUCUUUAGAUGAUAUAACAUAUGUGCUUAAGCCAACUUUUACUGAGGCAGAAAUAGCUCUACUGGAUGUAAAUGACAAAUUAUCACGUGCUUACAAUAGCACUACUUAUAUGCCUGGUAUCGUCGGACUAAAUAAUAUUAAGGCUAAUGAUUAUUGCAAUGUUAUUUUACAGGUGAUCCAAUUGCCUUUCUAUCCUGGUUUUUAAACAGUCUACAUGCAGCUUUGAAUGGAACUAAGAAAAGAAAUAGCAGUGUUGUUUAUUCCACUUUUCAAGGGGCCUUGAGAAUUUAUACUCGCACAUUACUGCCUAUUGAUGCAACUGAAGAAGAAAAGCAGCAGUUGAUGUUAGAAGAAGACUAUGAAGAAAAAGUUGAAGAUACAACUUUCCUUUAUUUGACUCUUGAUUUGCCUCCACCACCAUUGUUUAAAGAUGAAUUGACUGAAAACAUAAUUCCUCAAGUUCCACUCUUUAACAUUCUUGCAAAGUUUAAUGGUACGAAUGAAAAAGAAUAUAAAACUUACAAGGAUUCCAAAAUGAAAAGAUUUGAAGUUACAAGAUUACCACCGUACUUGAUUCUGUUCAUUAAAAGGUUUACAAAGAAUACUUUCUUCAUUGAAAAGAACAACACUAUUGUUAACUUCCCGAUUAAAAAUGUUGAUUUCACCGAAAUAUUUCAACCUGAAUUCAGAGACAAACAACCCAAAGCUAUUUAUGAUCUCAUUGCAAACAUUGUUCAUGAUGGAGAACCCGGUUCCGGAAAGGGAACUUAUCGUACACACAUACUGCAUAGAGGUUCUGGAAAGUGGUAUGAAAUGCAAGAUCUUCAUGUUACUGAAAUUCUUCCACCCAUGAUAACUCUUUCUGAAGCUUACAUACAAAUAUGGGAAAGAAGACCUUAUGAAGAUUCACCGCAAAAAAAUGGUAGUUCAUUAUAAAAUUAUUUUGUAACUUGUAAAUAUGUACAUCUAUGGAAAAGUUUCAUCUUGUUUUUACAUAAUUCAUAAUAAAUGAUUGCAUUAAAA